AUGAAAAGACGUCCUCUAUAUGCGAGGAAGAGACAUCAAUACGUUCCUUCUAAACCGAACUUGAUCACGUCUAUCUAUCUAUCCGUGUCUGUUCGUAUCUAUCGGUGUCUGUUCGUAUCUAUCUAUCUAUCUAUCUAUCUAUCUAUCUAUCUAUCUAUCUAUCCGUGUCUGUUCGUAUCUAUCGUUGUCUGUUCUUAUCUAUCUAUCUAUCUAUCUAUCUAUCUAUCUAUCUAUCUAUCUAUCUAUCGCUGUCUGUUCGUAUCUAUCGAUGUCUGUUCAUAUCUAUCUAUCUAUCUAUCUAUCUAUCUAUCUAUCUAUCUAUCUAUCUAUCUCAUGGCGCCUACUUUUCUCCCUUUCAUCCAUCAAGCUUUAUGGCAUUAUAACCGGGGAGGCAGCCUGAAAUUCAUCCUGCCACCAUCCAUUUCGUUUUCCCUUAAUUGUAUUUGUUUACUCGUCUUUUUAUACAGAUUGAGAUUUUCUUUCUUUCUUUCUUUCUUUCUUUCUUUCUUUCUUUCUUUCUUUCUUUCUUUCUUUUUUAAUAACAUGAUCGUUUUUCCUUCUUUCUUUCUGACUUUCUUUCUUUCUUUCUCUUUCACUUUUUGUGAGGUCACUAAGCUCUACCUGUCUAUGUAA